GCUCCGAAGUACGGACAUGUGAGGCUAACAAAGCGCGGAUGCUUUUGCUUUCAGCGGUAAUUUACAGGACUUGAAAAACAGAAAAAUUCGAAGUGCACUUGCUUAAAAGUCAAGCAGCAUAUACAGUCCCUGUCGCUUUAAAAAACCCAGACAAAACGCCCAUAUGAUCCCUGAGCUCCAAUCACCAGUUCCUUCUGCAAAGGCAGUCUCUGCAUUUUUGUCUUUCUGAAUGCUAACAUGGCGAAAAAAGACUGAUAUGAAGAAAUAAAAAAAAGCUGAAGAAAUGUGAAAACAGAGAAUUAAACACUUUCAUGGCGAACAAAAGUCCGAUACGAAAGGAGGGGAAUCGGGACUCCUUUGCCCCAGAAAAUCUUGGAUCAAAAUGUCUUUGCCAUUGAGGAGUCCCCCGUGCUUUCUAUGCUCGACAGAGAGUACCUUUCCACUUAACCCAAGGUGUGCCCCCUACUUCUCUAAAUCUGUGGGACAGCAAAGAACAUUGCCUGGUCCCUGGACAGUGCAGACAUAUUUUAUGAAAAGCUGUGAGUAUGCCAUUGCAUUCUGAUUAAGAAGCUUUUUUGUUCAGGAUGCACGGGGAGUUCUUGCUGCAGAGCCGCAACUUCGACUGAGAAGCAGAUGGGUUUGUCACAGCACCGUUCAGACCACGCCCUUGUGGGAAUUGAAAUUCCUCAAAAUUCACCUGUGAUUCCUGCUCCUAUCACGAGGUGUAAAGGAAGAGUUCAGCAUGGCCACUGUGCGAAAGUUGCUGGUUCCCUCCCCUGGAAAUAGAGAAGCUGAUAGUGGAAAAGACGACUGACUACCCUUCCACGGAGUUCUCACUGGUGGAAGAUGUUGCUCUCCACUUCACUUGUUUGAUGGACAGACUGAAUGAGCAACGCCUUUUUCAGCCCAACCUCUGUGAUGUAGACAUAGUACUGGUGCGCCAUAAGAACACGUUUCCAGCCCACAAGGGCGUGCUGGCGGCCUAUAGCCAGUUUUUCCACUCUCUCUUCGCCCAAAACAAGCAGCUCCAGCGGGUGGACCUGUCACUGGAGGCCCUCACCUCGCAGGGCUUGCAGCAGAUCCUCAACUUCAUCUAUACCUCCAAGCUGCUGGUCAACGCCUGCAACGUGCAGGACGUGCUAAACGCAGCCGCCGUGCUCCAGAUGAGCGACAUCGCCAGCUCCUGCCAAGAGCUCAUCAGCAGCCACUCGCUCAGCCUGGACCUGGCCAUGGCCAAGCAGGAUGGGUGUGGUAACCCCGCCUCCUGCCAGUACUACCGGGAGAUCAAGCAGGAGACGGACCCGGCCCACGCCAAGAUCUACGGCCGGGAGGGCAUCAGCUCCUACUCCAUGCGCGUGGAAGACGGCUCAGGAAAGUCGCAUCAUACCAGCAUGCAGGCCAAACAGUUCUUCAAGAAGGAGGAGGGUGAUGGAGGCGGGGCUGGGCCCGGUGGGCGGGGCAUGUGCAAGAUGGAAGGCAGCGUGGAGGAAAUAGAAGACUCAGAUAGCCACGCCUCCUUUAACCGGGAGCAGAUCAUCGUGGAGGUGAACCUCAACAACCAGACCCUGAAUGUAUCUAAAGGCACAGAGGGGAAGCCGUCCUCCGCAGAUACCACUGCCGUGUUGGCCCAUUCUGAGGAACAGGACACUGAGGAAGAAGAGGAGGAUGAAGAAGAUGAGGAAGAAGAAGACAAUGAGGAGGAUGACGAAGAUGCAGAUGUGGGAGAAGAGGAAGAGGAGGAGGAUCAGAGAGAUGAUGACAGCAGUGAGGAGGGUGAAGAGGAAGGGGAUGAGGAGAGGGGGGCCAACCAUGCUGUUCCAGAGGCAAAAGAACGAGCAGCAAGGCCCCGUCGGGGCACCAGGGUCUCCAUGGAUGCCAUGGCAACCAUCUCCACCAGGCAGACCCUGAGCGCCUCCACGAGGGCCAGCAAGGGCCGUGGGCGCAAAAGGAAGAAGGACCCAGAAAGCCUCGGCCAGAAGGUGAAACUGGAGGAGAAACCACACUUUCCGUGCGAGAAGUGCCCGCGCAUUUUCAACAACCGCUGGUACCUGGAGAAGCACAUGAACGUCACACACAACCGCAUGCAAAUCUGUGACAAGUGUGGCAAGCGCUUCCUGCUGGAGAGCGAACUCCUGUUGCACCACCAGACUGACUGUGAGAAGGCCAUACAGUGUGUUACCUGUGGCAAAGGCUUCAAGAAGCUUUGGUCUCUCCAUGAACAUAACAAGAUAGUCCAUGGCUAUGCCGAGAAGAAGUUCUCUUGUGAGAUCUGUGAGAAAAAGUUCUACACUAUGGCUCACGUUAGGAAGCAUAUGGUCGCCCACACCAAGGACAUGCCGUUCACGUGCGAGACGUGCGGGAAGUCCUUCAAGCGCAGCAUGUCCCUGAAGGUGCACUCCCUCCAGCAUUCCGGGGAGAAGCCCUUCAAGUGCGAGAACUGCAGUGAGAGGUUCCAGUACAAGUAUCAACUUCGCUCACACAUGAGCAUCCACAUUGGGCACAAGCAGUUCAUGUGCCAGUGGUGUGGAAAGGACUUCAACAUGAAGCAGUACUUUGACGAGCACAUGAAGACACACACUGGAGAGAAGCCGUACAUUUGCGAAAUCUGUGGGAAGAGCUUCACCAGUCGGCCAAACAUGAAGCGCCACCGCCGAACCCACACGGGCGAGAAGCCCUACCCGUGUGACGUCUGCGGCCAGCGCUUCCGCUUCUCCAACAUGCUCAAGGCCCACAAGGAGAAGUGCUUUCGGGUCAGCAACCCCAUGAUCCCAGAGGUCAACCCGCUGGGCCUCGACCCCGCCUCCCCAGCCGGCGACACGACAGCCAAUCAGGCGGCGGUGGGUGCAGCAGCGUUGGGUGAGAGCAUGUCCAGUGCCCACUCCCACCACGCUGCCCUCACUCUCCCCCUGUUCCACUCGAUGGGAGGCCUUCCUCCACCCCCCCAGCUUCCUCCUCCCCCUCCCCUUUUCCCAGCAGCAAGGAUAAACUCCAACAACAAUUAAUAAUUAAUGUCUGCUUUUUAUCGUUUGUUUUUUGCAGACUCAAAAUUUGGACACUCUGUUCCUUCCAGGGGAGCUAAGACGCUCACUAUCCUCACAGAGGGUUGACAUUCACUUCACUCAUGAGAAUAGCCCCACAGUAUGAAACUACUGCUCAUACAUAGCUAUCUUUUUAUUCUACUUGCCAAUAUUUCAGAGGAUUCUUGUGAGUUAUGAAGACAUAUACCAAGCAUAUUUGGAUAGUUUUCCUUUAGAAAUGCUAACUCCCUCAGUCUGCAUAAAAAGCCUGGAAAAGGUAUGAUAGCAGUCCUUUUACAUUUUAUAUUUUGUCCUUGUUUUUGUAUCUCUUGACUGGAUAUCCAUAAUCUACAGGAAAGUGCAACAAAAGCAGUUCGCUCUCUUUCAAAUUUGUAUGUUACUAUCUGCUUGCCUCUUCCAUACUACACCUAUUGUACAGUAAUUGUGGAAAAGGGAUUGACCAUGUUGGUCACUUCUCUGAAUACUGGAGCAUCAUUACAAAUCCAGUGCCUCCUGGGGAACGUCAUGAGAAUUCUUUGUGAGUCUCAUGGACAGAAUUGUCAUGGACUAUUGGAGUGAGGUCCAUUAAGGUGCAAGAGUGUCCACAGGGAACUUAAGCCUACUCCCAACUUUUAUAACAUCGUCUCUUUCUCCUAAUGUCCCUGAGAAAUAUAAUUGGGGUUUGUGUGGUUGUGGGAAUGCUAUUGCAUAGCAGUCAUGAAAUGGCCACAGUGGGUUUAUGCGGCGUAGUGAAAGGCCAAGCAUGUUCUGAACUUUGUGGCUGGUGGAGCCACAGGAAUUCCCCAAGCAAGUGCUAAUGGUGGUUUUCUGAACAACUUAGCAACCGUGAUAGGACACAAGGUGUCUAUUUUAAUUUUUCUAGUUCACUGAAAUGUAGCAACAUCAUUCUGUUUUUGUGUUUUAUUGUUUUGCUUCGGUUCUUUUAAAUGAUCCAGCGAUAACCAAAUGCUAAUUUUUCUUAUAAUACAUUUGUAUUGCAUUGCAAUAACGAAAUCCAUAAGCUCACUUGCUAGGUCAUUGUUAUACAGCCUUUUGUGUAUUUGCUGAAGCUUUCAGACCCACCUAGUGAUAUUCACGAUGUGCUCUAAUUGUAUCUUUCUUUUUAGUGAGGUUCUUGUGUAAUAUUAGGCAUGUGAUGCCGCUUUAAAGGCUUUUGAAAAGUUAAGUUGAGAACACUGUGCAACACCCAGAUAACCAAGAGAGAGGAAAUGCGAGGUUCCAUUUAGCAGAAAAGGUGUAAGAGAUCUAAAGAACACAGAUUCAUACGACCUCCUGGUCAAUAACUAUUACAAUCAUUCAACCAAACCCUUUGGGCCUCAAGGCUUAGGGGCUAACACAAAGUGCAUUGAGUGUACUUAUGUCCAGCCGGUUGGAUUAUUUGCUUAUGUUAAGCAGUUUAGUUGUUUUUGCUCUGUUUUGUAGUAACACGACACUUUCUGAUUUGUUUUUUUCUGCCCUCUUAAGUGGCUCUCUAUGGAAUAUCCUUGUUUUGUAUUGAAGCCAUUCCCUUGCCAUUCAGAUUCACUGGAUCCAUAAUAUAUGGAGGGCGAGUUAUCACUUCUCCUCAUUUUAACAGUUUUGGAUCAUAUUAAAUCCCAUCUUAACUGGACUAAAUUCACAUUAAAAUUCACAUUAAAAAUUACUAAAUUAAUUAAUGAAUAUCACAAACCACAUUCCCAAUCAUAUGUCAGGAUGCUAUUUGAGAAUCCAGAAUGAGGAACAGAUUUUCUGAGAAUCUUUUCCAUAGAGUAUGAAAGAAACAGUAUCCUAUUUGUUUCUGACUAAACAAAAGGUCAGAUAAACAAAAUUCCUGCACUUUUUAAAGAGAUUCCCUUUUUCAGAGGAAGAUGAUAAUCUGCCCUUACUGUUCACUAUAAGUUUUAAACUUAAAGGCAGCAAAAUAAUUCAACAAUUUUGCUACCCCUGAUGAAAUAGCAAGAUAACUUGAUUUGUAUGGUCCAGCAUAGUUCCUAACGGAGCAAAAUAUAUAUAUUUUGAAUGGAAGAUAUUGUUGUGACCUGUAUUAUGAAUAUAUUAUAUUCUGAAGACCUUCAGGCAAACUAAGACUGAUAGGAAUUGCAGUUGAUUGGUUACCUGAACAUGACUUUUAGAGUAGUGUGUAAUUUGUCUUGUUUCUUCCAAAUGUUAACCAAAGUGACAACAUUAGAAAACCAGAUUUAACUACAUGAACUACAGGGGAGUGGAACAGACCUGUGGAACAAAUUUUUGUUUUGUAUAUUUGUUUUUUUUUUCAAAUAUUUCUGGCUUCAUCAACUGCAGCAUAAGUUCUUAAUAUACGUUUCAUUCCCUUGAAUAUGGCAAUGCAGAAAACAUGGCAUCAGAGAAGGGCCAUAUGAACUUGGAUAUGACUGUCUUAUAAUACUGGUCACUGUAUUCUACAGAAAACAAACACCAUUCAAGCUGUGAGAAAUGUAUCAUUGUUCUAUAUCUCCCAUGUUGAGGUCAAGCACUAUAAAUAUUUUGAGUGUUGGGGGAAGAGUGCAAUCUCAUUGUUACUUUUGGCUAGAUGUGCACUUGUGUGAUAACCAUAAUUUUAUUGUUCAAAUGCAUUUUUAUAAUGUAAAAGAAAAAUCAAAAUUGUUUUAAUCUGCUGCAGCUGGAUCUCUAUAGGUUUCAUGAGAGGUCACUGUUGGAAUACUUUAAAGUCUUACUUAUUUGAGGAUGUGACAAAAACAAACUGUAUUGCAGUAUUGGUAUCAGUCAUAGAUAUAGAAAUACCGUAUGAAAAUUAAUACAAAGUUUAUUCCUAGCCCACUUUCGUAUGAGAUCAUAAUCUGUUGUUUACAAUCUCUUUGAAUGAAAAUGUUUUACUUUGUGUGUUGGCAGGUAUUAAUGAAAGAUGUGGAAAGUUGUGAAGAUUUGUAAUAAGCUGUAAUAUGUUCUAGUAGGUUUUCAAAUUGCUUAAGCACCUUAUAAUAGUAAUAAUGAUGUAACUGUAUAACAAGAAACCCAACUGUGUUUGUAAAAUGUGAUAACAAUCGCAAAGCUGAGGCAGCAGUAACCUGGUUGUGAACUGAAACCAAAAGAUUUACUAUAGGUACUUUUUUAUUUUUUAAUUCUUGUUUGUAUUUACAUUGGCCUGUACCUUUAAGUGUUGCAUUCCCUGAUUGGCUGCAGUGCAUGGUCCACAUUGGAAUAGGCUCGUAGCGGAGCACUGGCAGCUGUGUUUUUUAUAAACUUGUUGAAUCUACUGUCCCAUUGGCAGAUGCACAUGUCAAUCAAAAGGUGAAUAAGUGUUUGAUAGGCUCCACAAUACUCUUUUGGGAGUGGCUGCACUUUAACUCAUGAAGUGGCAUUACUGCCUUGUAGUCUUAAAGCAAAGCAUAAUGUCACUGUACUGCAUGGCAUUGCAACUAGUGAUGGUAAUGAACUGUCUGUGGAAGAACACAUUCUACUUAGGCUCAGAAUGCCCACAAUACUAUAACUACAAGAAUAAACUUUAAAUUAAAUUACUCUUAGUAAGCGGAUUAGUUGUUGCUCCUUUGUGGGAGGCCUUACCCAAGCUUUGAUUCAUGCUCUUUAUCUUUUAUUGGAAUAUGUUGAAGAACAUUGAAUCUCGAUCAAAUGGUAAAGGAUUUAGGAUUGUCAACUUUCAAGUCUGGCACUGUUAAUUAAAGCUAAAGUAAAUAAUCAUAUACAGACACAUUUAGUCCAGUUUGAGAUAUGCUGAAAUGAUCCUAAGCACUACUUUUCAUACAUUUUGUAUAAAGUCACUCAGUAUAUUUUUUUGACAUUGGAAAACGAUGUGAAAGAUAUCACAUUUCUUUUAUUGGUGACUGGCUUUACUUUAGCAAAGGUAUCAUUGCAAAAUCGUAUGCUCCAGGGUCAUAUUUUUCAGAGAACGGUUGGCUAAUUUGAACCAUUCGUAGAUGGUGCUUCAUUAUUUGUCUUGCCUUAAGUGAUUGAAGACUAAUGGCAACGCUACAUGUUUUGAUGGUGACUGUUGUAAAAUACUAGUUACGAAUGGUAAUGCUAUUUAAAUUGUCACAGAACGAGAAGUUGGUGCCUAUGUACUUUUGCAAUCAAUUGAUAUUCCCGAAAGCUUUUCAUACUCUACAUUGUCUGCUCAUUGGAUGUUCUCACCUUGUUGAAAA